ACAAAUCACACAAAGUGAAAGUAGACGGAAAUAAAAACGACGUGAACUAGGGUAGACGAGAUUCAAAAUGGAGGAAUACAUGUCCACGCGCUAAUAUUCGAAUCGACGCCAUUGGGACCAAACUUUUCUAGUUCCAUAGGAGAGAAAAUGGAUGGAGAGUACAGAAAUACCAAUGUUAAUCGAGACAUAGACGAGCUACUCAGCAUAUUAAAGUCAUUGUAUACGGAACAUGGCGCAAACAUUCCAAAGCUGAAGCGGUCCUUGGAGAUUUUGCAGACGAUUAAGGAGGAAGUAAAGGAUCUUUCGUCUGUGUCGUCACAUCAUGAUACCAUAUCCACACUAGAUCUUAAAGACCUAGAUGUUCCGUGGAGAAAGAUUGGCGCUGGGAAUUUUGGGAGUGUUUUUAAAACGACCUGGAAAGGGACCUCCAAUGUAGCGAUAAAGAUUUUGAAAGAACAAGCGAAAGACCAAGUUCGCGAAUCCAAGCUUCUUCGAUAUCUCAGCCAUGAAAAUAUCAUAGCAUAUCGAGGAAUGGGGUACAUAGAUUCAAAGGAGGAAUUAAAACGUAUUUUUGGAGUUGAUGAAGAUGACGAAAUCAACGAUUUAGCUCAGACACCAUGUAUGUAUUUUGUUAUGGAAUACAUUCCAACAAACCUGUACCGAUACAUUGUUCAGCAAGAGAGUCACGAAAGACAGGGAAUAUCGCUUGGAAAGGCUUGGGAUGUCGGGAAGCAGAUUGCCAGCGCGCUGAGCUACUUACAUUCGGAAGGCAUCGUACACAGAGACAUGAAACCAGACAACAUCUUGAUCCAAGGAUAUGUGAACAAAUUCAUCAUCAAAAUUGCAGAUUUCGGUUUGGCAUGGCAGAAUGAUCAGAUAGAUAAUCAGCAAACUAGGUAUGGUUCAGUGAUGUCUAGCAGCAUGACAAUGUCUCAGGUAAGUGGAUUCGACCUGAACAUAAGAUGGGGACCACCCGAGUUCCGCUCUUCCUCAGAAAGUAGUAAAAGUCAUACCAUUAGCGACUACAAGAAGGGUGAUGUGUACUGUUUUGGUCUUAUCAUGCUCUUCACAAUAUCUGGUCUAAAACCGUUGGCAGAACUUUCUUCCUCUAGCUUACAGGAUGAAAUAGAUCUACCCACAUCGUCCGUCCCCACGGAUUACAUUACCAAUCCAAACGACAUUGUCGGUAAAUCGAUUAAAGAAUGCACACUUGGAAUACCCAAAGAAAGACCGGAAGCUGAGGAAGUGAUCCAAAAAUAUUACAGGGGCGAAAAUCCUUAUCUUUCAGAAGCAGAUGAAGGGGAGCUAUUUUCUUGCGGGUUCAUGGAAAAGACUGAUAUAUUUGUAGCCGAUUCUUGCACAGACGAAGAUGCUAGUCAAAUUGGAUUUCUUGAAUCUAAAAUGCGACCAUCUGGAUACCAGCACGAAGACUUGAAAUGUCCCAUUCAAGUGGAUUCCAAGCCUUGUCGUGAAAGGUAUGAAAACUGGGAUAAAGAGGAGGAGUACACCGCCAAUUAUCAAGAAUUCAAUAAGCAAGCUAAAGCAAAAAUCAUCGAUAACAAUCCUACAGUGGCUUUAAAACGUUUAGCCUUUGCUCGUCCCGGUGAAGACGAGUGUCAAAGAGUGGAAAUGAAUUUUAGACAGUCAGAAUACAUUCAUCACAGAGCCAUGCGAAAAAUCUGGAUGAGCCUGAGUUAUCAGCAGAAGCAAGAUUCCAUACCAAAUAAAGCAGAUGUUAAUCCGUUUUUCAGCAAUACAUUUGGAUUGCAUGUAGCCAUUCUGACGAAUGAAGGCCCAGGGAUGCCCCAGUACUUUGUAUUUCCCCAACGGGCAAAACGUGCAGGAAUGUCUGCUCCGGGAGCCUUCACUUGUGGGGCCGUGGAAAGCGCAUCAACUCCAGACAUUGAAGAUGAAAAUAAUUCAAGAAGAGUAAAUCUAGUCAACACGGCAAUUCGAGGUCUAAAAGAAGAACUUGGACUCGAACUGGAUGAUUCAGAUGCGAAAGCUAUUUGUUUGACUACGAUCUAUCUGAAAACCGAUACACACGAAUGGGGAUUGUGUGGAUUCGUUGAUCUUACGGACGAAAGAAUUAAACCCGAACAUCGCAUAAGUGCAGAUAAUCUAAAAGAUCGGUUUUCUAGCGGUCCUAAAGAUAAAUUUGAGCAUCAGACGUUGACAUUUGUCAAGUUUACGCUUGAAGACAUGGUUGAUUUUGUUUUCGAAAACCACGACAAUUUUGCCAGUUCUGCAAAACUUGUCGUUGUGAAGGUGCUGCAGGCAUUCUUUGGAUGGUCAAAAGUUCAGAAUGAAUUUGAAUCCAGGAAGGUUACAUCUGAGAAAUAAGACACAUGGGCAUUUAGAAUGUCCCAUGUGACGUCACAGUGACCCGUAUUAACCCAUGUGAAAAUAAUGCAUAUCUUUUAUUGGCGUAGAUCGGCCCAUUGUGCAAACUUUCCAUUCACGAAUUGCUAGUGAUUACUGUAAUGGGAUAUUUACAGGGACCAAUAUUCAUAGAAGUUAUUAUCAGUAUAUAGUUAUUCUAAACUCAUUUACAGUGGCUUGGAUUCUGAUGUAGAAACAUUUGGAUGCAGAAACUUGAUCAUACAAAUUAAAAUGCAAAGAGUAACCGUUGGAUUUUUAACCUUAACGUGAUAUUUUAUUGCUGGUUUUUUUUUUAAAUUUGAUUUCAUCGUAAUCAUAGAUAUUUAAAUUAAAUCUUCAUUUCUGCA